GGGGUUUCCGGUGUGCGCCUGCGGAAUCGCCGUUUGACCCCGGAAGUGCGGGAGCUCCGGGAGCUGUCACCGGGAACGGCGGUGGCGGCGGAGGCGGAACGGCGCUAGUGGUGAGGCUGCCGAGGAGGGUCACGGAGCACAAUGCCAGCUCUGCCCCUGGAUCAACUCCAGAUCACCCACAAGGACCCGAAGACAGGAAAGCAGAGGACUUCACCAGCACUGCACCCCGAGCAGAAGGCAGACCGGUAUUUUGUGUUAUACAAACCGCCCCCUAAAGACAACAUUCCCGCCCUAGUGGAGGAGUACCUGGAACGCGCCACCUUCGUAGCCAAUGACCUCGACUGGCUCCUGGCCUUGCCUCACGAUAAAUUCUGGUGCCAGGUAAUCUUUGAUGAGACCCUGCAAAAGUGCCUGGACUCCUAUCUGCGCUAUGUCCCCCGUAAGUUCGACGAGUGGGUUGCCCCGACCCCCGAGGUUGCUGAAAUGCAGAAGCACCUACAUCGAAGUGUUUUCCUCACCUUCCUCCGCAUGUCCACACACAAGGAAUCCAAAGAUCACUUCAUUUCCCCUUCUGCAUUUGGAGAAAUCCUCUACAAUAACUUCCUCUUUGACAUCCCAAAGAUCCUGGACCUCUGUGUGCUCUUUGGAAAAGGCAACUCGCCACUACUCCAGAAGAUGAUAGGAAAUAUCUUUAUCCAGCAACCGAGUUACUAUAAUGACCUGGAUGAAACCAUGCCCACCAUCCUUCAGGUCUUCAGCAAUAUCCUCCAGCACUGUGGUUUGCAAGGGGAUGGAGCCAGCAGCACACCCCAGAAGCUUGAGGAAAGGGGCCGAUUGACCCCCAGCGACAUGCCUCUCUUGGAACUAAAGGACGUUAUUCUCUACCUUUGUGAUACCUGCACUACGCUCUGGGCCUUUCUGGAUAUCUUCCCUUUGGCUUGCCCAACCUUCCAGAAACACGACUUCUGUUACAGACUAGCAUCCUUUUAUGAAGUGGCAAUUCCGGAAAUGGAGUCUGCAAUUAAGAAGAGGAGGCUUGAAGACAGCAAGCUGUUGGCUGACCUGUGGCAGAGGCUCUUGCAUUCCAAGAAGAAGCUAGUGGAGGUUUUUCACAUCAUCCUGAACCAGAUCUGCCUCCUUCCCAUCCUAGAAAGCAGCUGCGACAGUGUUCAGGGCUUCAUUGAAGAGUUCCUUCAGAUCUUCAGCUCCUUGCUACAAGAGAAGAGAUUCCUCCGUGACUAUGAUGACCUCUUCCCUGUGGCCGAAGACAUCAGCUUGCUGCAACAGGCCUCAUCAGUCUUAGAUGAGACACGCACUGCCUACAUCCUCCAGGCAGUGGAAAGUGCAUGGGAAGGAAUGGACAGACAGAAAGCCAUGGAUACUAAAGACCCGUCAGUGGCCAAGGAUUCUAAUAGAGAUUCUAAUGGGGUCACUAUGACAGCAGAGCCAGCCAGUCAAACACUAUCUCAACUGGAGAACUCAGAGCAAGAGGAGUGCGUGGGAGCAGCCGCCACCCUUGGCCCCACCGUGUGUGGUGUUGAGCUGGACUCGCUCAUCUCCCAAGUGAAGGACCUGCUGCCAGACCUUGGGGAGGGCUUCAUCCUGUCCUGCCUGGAGCACUACCGCUACGACCCGGAGCAGGUGAUCAACAACAUCCUGGAGGAGCGGCUGGCACCUGCCCUCAGCCAGCUGGACCGCAGCCUAGACAGACAGGCAAAGCCAGACCCCACCCCGCUGCUGACAUCGCGUCACAACAUCUUCCAGAAUGAUGAAUUUGAUGUGUUCAGCAGAGAUUCGGUGGACCUCAGCCGGAUACACAAGGGCAGGAGGAAGGAGGGGAACACUCGGAGCCUACUGAACGACAAGCGCGCGGUGGCGGCUCAGCGGCAGCGCUAUGAACAGUACAGCGUGGUGGUGGAGGAGGUGCCGCUGCAGCCAGGUGACGACCAUGGUGAGAACUAUGAGGAUGAGUACGAUGACACAUACGAUGGCAACCAGGUGGGCGCCAAUGAUGCAGACUCAGAUGAUGAGCUCAUCAGCCGCAGGCCCUUCACUAUCCCUCAGGUGCUAAGAACCAAAGUAUCCGGAGAAGGGCAGGAGGAGGAGGACGAAGAAGAAGAGGAGGCUGAAGACGAGGGCCCCAAGCCGGACCAUUUUGUGCAGGAUCCUGCAGUACUGAGGGAGAGGGCGGAAGCCAAGCGCAUGGCCUUCCUUGCCAGGAAGGGGUACCGGCAUGACAGCUCAACAGCAGUGGCUGGCGGCCCCCGGGGUCAUGGACAGAGCCGGGAGACAACACAGGAACGCCGGAAGAAGGAAGCGAGCAAAGCAACAAGAGCCAACCACAACCGGAGAACCAUGGCUGACCGCAAGAGAAGCAAAGGCAUGAUCCCUUCCUGAAGCCUCCUGUCCAGCUGGCCCUUUGGGACCCCCAACUUCAACUUGACCCCUCGACAGCCUCAGCUUUGCAACCCCUGAGAGGUUGCCUCGUUGCCUACCAGCCAUCCAGGAGCACCGUCUUGUAGAACACACAGUGCCUUAUCCCUUGGCAGAGGAGCCCGGGUGUCAUCGAGGAACCUCCUCCUCCUCAUGCGCUGUGGGAAAGGACAGGGGACUGAGUCCCAAGACAAGGCCCCAGACCUCGGGUACCAGACACCACUUCCCUUUACCCCUGGAUGGCAGGAAACCUGCGUGUUCGGAAACAACACAAGGCCUGCAAAUAAAGUUUCCGACCCUUUCCAGCAACCAUCUGUGACGUGCUGUGACCCAGUCCUGUGUCUCAUUCUUCAGUAACAGCUGCCAGCUGGAGGACAAGAGGGCAGGGUGGUCCCUGUGCGGUCUGUAUUGAACUUUCUUCCCUGCCUGUCCAUUAACCCCUCCUUGCGUUGUUCUGCCUUGCUGUGUGACCGUGGGCACACCAGACCCUUCUCUGAGCCCCCAGUUGCUGCCUAUGGAAGGAACCAGCUGGAGGGUGAGAGGUCCUAUGGCCCUUGCCGUUGUCUCAUUCAGUCCUGACGACCUCUGCCCUAGGAGGUAGAUACUGUUUUCAGCCCCAUAGUACAGAUGAGCAAAGUGAGGCACUGAGGACUGGGGUAUCCGCCCAGGCCACAGCCAGGAGCUGGCAGAAUUGGGAUUGGACAGAGUGUCACCUGGGACCUUUAUGGGUCCUAGACCCCUGUAUAUGAUAUUAUCUCCAUCUCAGAGCUGGCCCAAGGACAUGUGGCCAGUGGUAGAGCCAAUACCAGAAUUCAGUGCCUCAUGGUUGUACAUACACUUUAUUAAACCCUCCAAAAUCCAGUGACUAAGAAACAAGCAAGGAUGCCCAGCUGAAGCUCAUGGGAGUUGGGCUGGUUCCUCAAAGCUCUCUUCCAGGUGUGGCCAGCCAGUUCCCGGUGUGGCAGUGGCUGCCAGGCCUCCCAGAGCGUCACCGAUCAACACAGAUCAAAGACGGCAUGUGCUGGGCUGAUCUUAGCCCGGCCUGGCCUGGAGCCCACUAGUGGAAGCCAGGGCCCACAUGACGAAUCACCCUGGGUGCUAGUGCUAUUUAUUUGCACGUAGUUAGGAUAAGCGUGUGAGGCAGAGGCAGACAGGCGCUUGAUGGAUUGGUUUUGUUAGGUCAGCCCGCACAAGUGAAAAUCAAUAGCAAUCCCUCUGCGUCUCUCGCUCCUCCUGGUGUGUUUCAGAUGCAGAGCAGAUAUGGGGGUGGUGUCCUCCCUGUCAGCUGCAAAAUUAGCUGAGGCCAGCGCCAGGGCCAGCCAUCCUGACAGGCAAUGCGAAGACUCUGUUUCCUCCCAGAGGCAUUUGCCAGUGACCAAGCCCCUCAGUCCCAGCUCUCGUCCGCGGCAUGAGGCGAGGGCCUUGGGAGCUACGGGCUUUGCCUGCCUUACCUGCUCACACAGCUCUUUGCACCUUCGCUUUGUCACCUGUGCCUCCAGCCACUUGGAAGAGUGUUCAGGUUUCCCAGGAGCCUCCUGUCUUAAAGGAUCUGAAAAGACCAUUUUUCAAAAAGUAGUGCCAAGUCAAACUUAGUCUCCCUUGAGGAGCUGCUGCUUUCUGCUUCCAGAGCUCAAGGGCACCCAUUCAGGAUGCUUUGGAAACAGCUCGGAGGCCAUCUGCAGUGGUGCCCACAGGCACCCCUCCCCACUCAGGCCCUCAGUAUUCCCAUCUGUAAAGUGAGUAUGUUGGACCAGACAGAUGCGUUCCUCUUGGUGCCAGUGAAAUCAUGGGAGGAGAUUCCCAAGUUUAAGAUGGGCGGCUGCAGCAUGUUAGGAGUAGGGUCGGUGGGGGCCCUGCCCCUGCCCGCUCUGUCUCUGAGCGCCACCACCCUCACUGCUGCUCCUAUGCAGGUAUCCUCUAAGUGCCUUCUCUGUGCCCUGGCAGAGAACGUGAUUAUCAUGGGUGUUUCCUGGGAAGACUUUAAGAUCUUGUGCCUCGGAGAGGACUUGGGACCCAGGUGUCUCCAUCCGAAGUCCCACAGUGGUGGGGAAUGUGUGCGUUGGAACAGAGAUUCUGUGCUACUUCAGCUAGAACUGAGUACUGUUUUUUAAAAGGGGCCCAGGAGCCCUUUGAGGAGGCCUGAGCAGGUCAUCUGUCUAGAGCUGGUGGCACAUGAGCGGCAGAGCCUGCGUGCACGUCCUUUGUGAGAUGCCUCUUAAAAACAGCCAGGUGCAGCCCGGAGGAGGAAACGGUUGGCCAGAGCCUACAUGUUGCUCUCACACCAGGAGCUUGGGGAAAAUGGGAUAGGGAGGGAAAGAAAAAACAAAUAAAGGUCAAGGGCCAUUAUGCAGCCUUUCAAAAUGGCAUCAAUAAAGACUUGGUAGCAACAUGACAAGCUAACUUUGCUUUUCUUAAAGAAUAAAUUUAAAAGCAGAAUACAUAAUGGUAUGAUGCAUCAUGAUUGUAAAAAUGUAAAAAAAAAAUUUCUUUUUUUACAUACCGGCCAAAUCUGGAAAGGAAUGUAGGUAAAUGAAAAUGAUAGCAAGAGUGUGGGUGAUGGUGGUGAGACCACGGGGAUUUGUAAUAAUAAAAGCAUUGCUGAGUACCUGC